AAAUUUGAAAACGCCCUGUAGCUCGGUGGCUGCUUUAACUGGCGGUGAUACAAACGUUGUUGACAUUUAACCGUAUUUAACGCUAAAUACGAUGGAGCCAUUAAACGAAGAGGACAUCAAAAUGUAUUUUUAUGAGCACAGGCUGAAGACUUUCGAGGGCUGGCCGUUCGACGAAGACUGCGCGUGUACCCCGCAGAACAUGGCCAAAGCUGGCUUCAUCCACACCCCAUCAGAGAACAGCCCAGACAUCGCUAUGUGUUUCUUCUGCCUCAAAGAGCUGGAGGGCUGGGAGCCAGAGGAUGACCCAGAAAAGGAGCACAAAUCUCACUCGCCGUCCUGUCACUUCAUCACCCUGAAGAAAAAAGUGGAAGAGCUGACUGUGGAAGAGUUCGUCAAACUACAGAAGGAGAGACACAAGUUCAUCACUAACAAAUCCUGUAAAGAGGCCAUCACCAAGUUUGAAGAUGCAGCCAAAUUGAGAAGAGGUGAUAUUAUCAAGACAGCCAUGGGUGAAGAGUGACACAAGAAAAGACGCAAAUUUGUGGUCUCUCAUGUCUGUAUGUCUACUUUUUUCAUGUAGUCUGUUUUUAUUCAUUAAACAUAUUAUUCUUAUUUUCCCUA